CACCGCAACACACACACACACACACCCCCUACCUAUUUACCAUAUGUGUUUUCGCGCAGACUACACAAUCUUUGCAACACGCAGCAGCACGCGGGCAGCUGGUAUUAUCGAAGUCGCGCUGUGUUGCCGCGGACGUACGUUUUUGAUAUAAACUUUUCAACGCCAAUUUUCCCGCGCGCAACGAUAUUUAUAUAGGAUUAGAAUACGCUCGCAAUAAAGGUCGGUGUUCUUGUGUGUGUGUGUCGCGUGUGCCAGACCGAGAGAGAGAGAGACAAGAGCAGCCCAUUGUUGCUAACAAAGAGACACACGAACGACAGCUCUAAAUAUAGGAUAAUAUAAAGAGCGAGAGAAAAAAAAAUAAACGCGAAAUCGUGCGUGCGGUAUAAAAAGCGAUGUCAUUGCGCUAGACUCUGGCCAUACGAUAUCGAUCUUUUGAAAUAAGAAGUUGAAAUAAGCUUCAGCAUGGACGUGGUGGAGGAUAUCGCCGACGACUUCGAGAACUACGAGGAUGACACGCACCUCGGCUACGCGGCCGAGGUGUUCGACGAAGUCUUGGCCAAGGAGGAGGAGCCCACUCGUUUCCAGCGGCCGAAUCCCUUCAACAAAUUACUGCCCUAUUCCGAUGUGCUCGAGGUCGAAGCGGAUGCGAUGCUCGCCGACAUCAAGGCCAAUCUCGGCCGCUGCGUCAUGCAGCGAGAUAUCAAAAUUGGUGCUGUCGCUUGGACCAAGAUGUUACACAAGUACAUCAUUCUUUAUGACAUGAGAUUUACCAAAGAUGAUCACAUUGCUUUGAUCAAACUUUUGUACGAACUCACGACAAUACCCAAAUUGGAGUCUGGUUUAAUAGUUAGUUUUGCGUACCGCCUGUUUUUACUGUUAAAAAAAGAUCAUUUAAUAUCGCCAGAUGAACUUGAACUGCCAUGGAAGCCUUUAUACAAACUAUAUUGGGAUUUUGAAAAUCUCAAAUCUAAACUAAUAAAACUGGACCGUCUUCACCCAAUGACAAAAAGUAUAGUAAAGGCUGUUAUUCGGUUAGCAAAGAUAUAUUUUCCAGCAAGUGCUACUGAGGAAAUAUUAGAUGAAAUAAAACCAAUGUUGAGUCCAAAUAAUCAUUCUAUAAUGGUCGUGACAAAAACUAUGGAAAUAUUUUUACCUACUUGUACAUUACCUAAACACCAUUCCAAAAGUUUCGAACUGUGGCUACAUGAAUUUAUGAAUAUGUGGGAGGAUCAUAACGCAGUUACACUGUCAUGGAGCAAAUCUUUAACAAUUUUAACAGCUAAACUAGCCCUACACAAUGUAGGAUACAUAAAUUGGGAACCAUAUCUACCCGUCAUGUUCAAUAGAUUGGUUCAUUUAUCCAGUUUACCUAUAAGUUAUAAAAAUAUUUCCAACGAUAGGCAUUAUAGGGAUUGGCUUGGUCAUGGAGGAAUGUGGAUAGCAGCAGUUUUGGGUCCCGAUUCAAAAGCCCAAAAUUACUUGGACAAGUUUUUGAAAUUAAUUGAAACGCACUUUCAUCCAGCUAACCAUUCACCCAACUUUGUAAAAUACGCAUCGUUUAUUUCUUCUUUAGUCCAUUGCUUCACCACGAGAGUAAAUAGAGAACGGUAUCAGCAGGGUAACAAAACUUGGAAACCGCGGAUCCCGGACUCGCAUAAAUUAAGGGACGUCGACAUCGACGCGUUCGUCAACAGUUUGAUGCCGAUAGUUUUGCAAUGCAUCUUUCACACCCAGCGGCCGGAAUCGUUCGGAAACGCAGUACAGAAUUUGGCCAAUCUGCGUCCGAACGUCGUGAUACCGCGCAUCCUGGAAAAGGUUUAUCCGUCCAUCGGCGACGAUAUCGAGCCUCACAAGUUUCACCACGCGAUGGUCAAUCUGAUCGACGUGGCGCGUCCGAUGAUACUGGGUUCUCGCGUCGCGAAUCCAGAGUACGCGUACGUGGAGGGGCCACAGCAAGUUUUGCCAAUUUUGUUCUCGGCGCUGUCGGGCAUCGAUCCGAACGACUUCAUCAAGUAUAUGUACGCCUUCGCGUGUCUAGGUUUGUACGCCACGAUGAUACCGAUCGUCGAUUGUUCCGGAUGCACAGCGCCCGAUCUGACCGAGGACGAGAGGCUCGUGUGCGAGCAGACCUCGAAAUUCGAGGAUUUCGUCCUUCAAUUUAUGGAUAAAAUAUUCAGCUGGAUCGACUCGAGUCGUCUUCAAGCCACGAGGCUCGAGAAUCAAGUCAAAGACAAUACCAAAAGUCGAUUGGAGAACGCUUGCGAGAGCGCGCUGAGCAACGUCAUGAUAAAUCUUCUGCGAUCGAUGAGCAAGCCAAUUUUCAUGUCGGCUCUGAACAAGCUGCGCAACUACGUCAUGGAGUACGAGCUCGAGAUUCAGGUGGCGGGUCCGCUGGUCGCCGUGAUUUGUCGAAUGUUCAGCAAUACGCACGCCAAGGAGACUCUGAACGCCUUGAUGCCGUUCUUGGUCGACAAAGUACUCGAGAUACUCGGAGACGGCGACGACGUGAUCAAAGCCGAGGCCGUCGAUCACCAGCUGCUCUAUCCUCUUCUGCUGCUGAAGAGCUUGUCCUUCGUCCACUGCAGCGUGAUGAUGAUGCACGUCGAUUCGUUUUUAAAGGUGGUCGACAGAGUCAUCAAGAUGAAGAACAGAGAGGCGCAGACUCUGGGAUCGCAAAUAAUGGCGAACUGCGCUCAGUCUCUGGGGUCCGCGACGAUCUACGCCUGCGACGUCGAUUACGAGAACAAGAAUCACUGCUACCCGAGAGACUGGGGCGUAUCCGGAAAGAUAUACGACACGAAAUUGCUGUCCGAGAUGCCGGGCGAGCGAGAAUUCGAAGCUUUGAAAGGGAUAUUUCACAGAUACUUCGACUACGCUUUGAGGAUAAUCAACGGAUUCAUCGAAACGGGAGAUUCCUCGUUAAAAAUCGAGUUGCAAGGAGCCUUACGCGUCUUGGUUCAUCUUUUCGAGGGUUGCUCCAACGCGUUGCCUAAAAUUCAAGGAGCCCCCGCGUUAAUCGAACCCUACGUUAACGAAAUUAAAGCAUUCGAUCCUUACGUCGGUUGGAACCGAGACUGGAUAAUUACCAUGCCAGAUGGUAGCAAUGUCAGAAAUUACAUGGUGGACGUUAUUGAAAAAUUGCAAAAAGUCAUGCUUGAGAAAAUAGAAGACGACACGAAGUGUUUCGUUCUCUUGAGUAUGCUCUGGGAAAAUCUCCUCACGGAUUGCUUGGAUACUCCGCUGGACACGUCCUCGACGUUCUGCACGAACUACUGCAUCAAGAAGAAGAAGGUCGAGAGCACGAUGACGGGCAGCAGAGCCUGGUUCCCCAGGCUGGUGCUGACCCGUGCCCAAGAUCAGCACGGUUUGCGGACCUUGGGCCCGACGAUGACGUUCACCGAGACCCAUCGCCGGGUGCUGAUGAAUUUGAUGGAUUUGAACUGCAGCCGCUACAGCAAAGUGCGCCAGAAAACUCAAUCGAUCAUCGAGGGAGCCGUGAUGUUUUUCCCGCAGGCGCCUCUCGCGAUUUUGCCGCGCGUGAUCGACGUCCUCAAGACCGAUCCGGACGCCAAUCACGAAGCUUUCAAGGGAGUCUUGCAUCUGAUGGUGCGAAGAAUCGCCGCCAACGACAGAUUGAUCAAUUGCCAGAAUUGGAACUACUUGAAGCAGCUGUGGCCGGCCCUCGUCGGAUCCGCUUCGUCCGAGCGAAUCUCGAUAACCACGCUGAAGAACAAAGCGAGCAUGGCGGUGUUGGCCGAGUCCUAUACCUUCAACGUGCGCACGGAAAUACCCGACGGCUGCGUCGAGGUGGCGAGAAAGCUCUGGGACUGCGGCAAGCCGCCGAGUCUGCCACCGGCGACGUGCGACGAGGUCAGGGCGGGCCUCGACAAAUCGCUGCGGCGCAACGACGCGAAUCAGGCCGACUACGUGGAGCUGGCCGACUCGCUGCUGAAGGACACGGCCUCGAAGAACUGGCGACAGCGCCUCAUGGCCAUACAGUUUCUCACGCGCAUGAUGCAGAAGGACGCCCGGCUGCCGGACGCCGCCACGUACACCCUGGUGAGCAACUGCAUCAGCGACUCGGUGAUGGAGCGCAAGCAGUGCCUGAGAACGGCCGUGUUCGUGCUCUGGCAGCUGAAGCUGCGACACCCGCGAUUGAGGCAUCCGGUGCCGAAGCGGGAGGCGGCGGCGGCGGCGGCUGCUGGCCCCCCGAUCAGGCCGGGCGUGAGGCCCGACAAUCUCUGGCUGCAGUACGACUACGAGAGGCGGCCGCUGGACGCCGCCGCCUGGGACGAGCCGCGCUACAUCAACUCGGAUUCCAUCGGCUACUGGGCCUGGCCCAAGGAGUACUACGAGACGGUGGCGCCGUGGUCGGCUCGUCCCACCGAUAAGCCAGCGAGCAAGCUGGAGCGCGACAUCGAGGCCUUCUUCGCGGACGAGGCCAAUCUCGAGCGGCUGAUCAAGUUCUGGAGCCUCGAGGAGAAGAAGGUCCACGAGAGGGGCAAUCACGAGUUCGCCUUCCUGAUGCGCGGCCUGUUCCGCAACUACGGCGACAAUCUGCUCGACGCCGUGCUCAAGCACGCCGAGCGCCUCGUGGAGAUCAAGCAGGAGGGCCCGCAGCGCUGCGUCGCCCACAUCGUGAGCGGCACGAUAAUGGGCAGCAAGUACUGGUCCUACGACAUGACCGAGCGCAUGUGGUCGCGCCUGCUGCCCAUUCUGAGUCGGGGCAUCGACAAGCAGGACGAGACCGUGAAGAUCGACUGGCUGGAGACGAUCGCCCUGGCGAUGAGAAAUCGCGACCCCAAUCGCAUACACUGGCUGCACGAGUUUCUGCUGGAGCGCGCCAAGCUCGGCCGCCAAGAGACCUCCUUCCUCGAGAGCAUGCGCCUGAGCUACUUCCAGCUGGCCAUGAGCUCGCAGAUCUGGCGCACCGCCUCGCUGGAGCACAGGGCGCUCGAGCUGAUCGAGUGCAGAAUCGAGGAGUCGCCCCUGAAGACGGUGCGCGACAAGUUCCCGCUCCUGCUGCAGACGAUCUUCAGCACGGAGAGGCGCGAGGACGGCUCGGUGCUCGACGUCUUUCCCGAUCCCGACGCGUUCAUGGACAAGAUCUAUCCGCGAUUCUUGACGCUUCUCAAGGAGGUGCCCAAAGCAGAGCCGGAGCCGAUGGAGGUCGAUGGCUCCGUUGAUCAGGCCACGAACGCGGCCAACGCGGAGCGCGAAAAGGUCCUGAGAUAUUUCUUGGUGAUAUGCGGUUGGCUAGAGAUGUUGGCGCACGGAAUGUCGCACAACCGAAUGGAGCGCUUUUACAAGCUCCUGCCGAUAAUGUGCCACCUCGAGGUCAACGAGAAAGACGAGGAGGUCGUGAAGAUCUGCCGCAAAGCCAUAGCGGUUCUGGCCAAGAGGGUCCUGAGGCCCGCCGAGACGCCUGUCGCCCUGGAAACGAUCGAUCAGGUGUCGCGCAGUCCAUCCUACUGGAUCAGAUUGAGCAGCUUGGAAUUUCUCACGGUCAUGAGCACUCACAGUAUCAGUAUACUCCUGAGCAAGGACGAGUGGAUCUACGGGAUCGAGGAGAUCGUCAUGAGACUACUGGAGGACGAGCAGCCCGAGGUUCGUGGCAAAGCGCGAAAGCUUCUCGAGGGUCUGCUGCACUUUACAUUCCUGCCUAAUCAAGAUGUGCUAUUAGAAAAAUUAAGAGUCAAAGCGAAAACAAAACUGCCGAAGAUGAGGAGCGCGCCCGGAGCCAAAGCCAGCGUCGAGAAAAUCGAAAAGUUCAAGAACGCCGUUCGAUUGAGACAUGCCGGUGUACUUGGGCUGUGCGCUUUCAUUUCCGCCAAUCCUUAUCACGUGCCCGAUUACGUGCCGGAAAUUUUGGGCUGGCUGAGCGACCAUCUCAACGACCCCGAACCCAUUCCUAGUGCAAUACGCAAGUCGAUAAACGAGUUCAAACGCACGCACUGCGACGGCUGGACUGGUUUGCAAGGCUUGGCAGACUUCUUGACGGACGAGCAAUUGAGCAUCCUGUCGGAUUUAGCAGUACCGCCCGCGUAUUACGCUUGAGUCGAAUCUAUCGUACAAAGAGAUUUAAGCUUUAAUUCGAGGAGGAUAGUACUUAAGAUUUUUAUAGAUAUAAAACAUUAUCAAGUCCCAGAAGCAAAAUGGAUAGAUUUAUUUAUUUUUAAAUGAUAACAGAGAAUAGUAUAUAUUAGAAGUAUGUGUUAUUACGAAUGCAAAUGACCUAUAUGUACAUUGUAAAUGAAAUAAUUUUUUCACCGUUUGAAAUCUCGUCGUUGUAAAAUGUGAUAAUCAUGGAGCGGCUUUUGCCGAAAUCUUUUUUUAAAAAACAAUUUUUGUUUCCACCGUCCACGAGGAUAUGCUGGAAAUAUAAAAUGAACCAAUCGCGUCGGCCUGUGAUUAUUAUUGUACGCUAAUAAUGAAUUCACGGCAAAUUGCGGCAUUCGAUCGAACGUCGCUCUUUGCGCACUGCGAUGUAUCUGUGUAUAAAUUUGUUAAUUUAUUACGAAUAAAGUUGCAAUUGUAUUUUCUCUAAA